GCAAUGUUAUAGUAAGCCCCAUCGCUAUAACGAUCGCGUGGUGGCAACGCUGCGCGUGUUUCUUGCCGCCAAAAGUGAACAAAAACACUUGUUUUGUUGCUUAAAUUGUGUGCAAACAAGGUAAAUUGUUUAUUGCCCAACGGCCGUGUGCCUCAAGUGUGUGCUGAAAGUGCCAUGAGCAGCGAAAAAGCGAAAAACGACAAUGAUCCCAAUGAGGACUCGGACGAUUCGUGCGGCGAUGAAUCGGCUAGCUUUACCACGAACAGCACCACCUCACGUAGCAAAUCGCCGGCCUCCAGCACACGCAGCAAACGUCGCGGCCGGCGCAGCCACAAAUCAAAGCCAAAAAGCGGCGCUGCCUACAAAUACGACACGCAUGUUAAGGAGAACCAUGGUGCCAACAUAUUUGGCGUCUCGUUCAACACGCUGCUAGGCAAGGACGAGCCCCAAGUGUUUGCCACAGCGGGCAGCAAUCGUUGCACCGUCUACGACUGUCCACGCAAAGGCGGCCUAACGCUGCUCCACUGCUAUGCAGAUCCGGAUCCCGAUGAAGUCUUCUAUACCUGCGCCUGGUCAUAUAACUUAAAGACGUCCGCGCCGCUGCUUGCCGCCGCCGGCUACCGCGGAGUCAUCCGUGUCAUUGACAUUGAACAGAACGAAGCCGUGGGCAAUUACAUUGGCCAUGGCCAGGCAAUCAAUGAGCUGAAAUUCCAUCCGCAUAAGCUGCAACUGCUGCUCUCCGGCAGCAAGGAUCACGCCAUACGCCUGUGGAACAUACAGACGCACGUUUGCAUUGCGAUCUUCGGCGGUGUUGAGGGACAUCGUGAUGAAGUGCUAUCCAUCGAUUUCAAUAUGCGCGGCGAUCGCAUUGUGAGCAGCGGCAUGGACCACUCACUCAAACUGUGGUGCCUCAACACCCAAGAAUUCCAGCACAAAAUCGAGCUGUCGCAAACGUUUAGCCAGGAGAAGUCAACGCUGCCCUUUCCCACAAUCACCAAACACUUUCCGGAUUUCUCAACGCGCGAUAUUCAUCGCAAUUACGUGGACUGCGUGCAGUGGUUCGGCAACUUUGUGCUCUCCAAGUCCUGCGAGAACGCCAUCGUCUGCUGGAAGCCCGGCCAGCUGCAUCAGAGCUUCGAGCAGCUGAAGCCCAGUGAUUCCUCGUGCACCAUCAUCGCGGAGUUCGAGUACGACGAGUGUGAGAUAUGGUUUGUGCGCUUCGGCUUCAAUCCAUGGCAAAAGGUUAUCGCACUGGGCAACCAGCAGGGCAAGGUCUAUGUCUGGGAAAUGGACCCCAGUGAUCCAGAGGGUGCCCACAUGACGACCCUGCACAACGUGCGCAGCGUGGCGACUGUGCGUCAAAUAGCAUUUUCCCGGGAUGCCAGCGUCCUGGUCUACGUCUGCGACGAUGCGACCGUCUGGCGCUGGAACCGGCGCCAAGCGACCGCACUUUAGGACCUUUAAGAGUCGCCAAUCCACAGAUACAAACCAUAACCACAACCACAACCAAAUCUCGCGUGGCCAAAAUCAUAGCACAACAUGCAUCUAACACUGUGCCUAGUUCCUAGUGCUUAGCCCCUAGUUCUUGUCUCAAUUAAACUAAUUAUCUCAUACGUAGCAACUAAUGGAGAAUUGUAAAAGUAUAAAAUAACUUUAAAAACAUAUUCUUAAGUUUGAAAGUCCGAUUCGAGGCCGUCGAGCCCAUCGCUUUGGCAGCUUUCGAUGCACACGACGAAACCACACACCUGGCCAUUAAGUAGUCAGCCAGGUAAUUGAAAACGCAGCCAGCUGUGUAUGCAACGGUAUCCGGAGUGGUGUACAAACAAAAUGUAUGCGUUGCCAUUUUCCACGCGUUGCAAACCAUAAUUAGUGUGCAGCAGGCGAAGGCUUUAAAGAGCAACAUUCCGGGAUCUGUCCCCAGUUGGCCAUUUCGCUAAUCGCCUGGCCAGAGCUAACAAAACGAGCUGCAAUUGACCGCCAUUUAUAUGCGUUGCUGCACUGCAGCCAAGUGGGUUGAGCACAGUAAUGCGACGAAAUUGAAACUGACAACAAAGACUCAACUCAACUCAGCCCGACUCGCUGGCAGACAGACAAACCAAUCCAGGCUGACGACGGCGUAACAGCUCCCAAGGGAGUUUUUAAGCAGCAAAGCCCCACAAUGAUCCUUGUACGCUUGCAGCUAAACGAAUAGCGUAGAAAGAAGGAUUGCUUGGAUU